AGCUGUGGAACGGGAACUAUUGAAGUUGGCCAAACCAGCCAAACAACCUUCGUGUAGCCCGACUACAGAGCAACAACCGGAUGAGUCUGUUAUUGUGCCAGGGAAAUCAGUUUUCUGACUUUCGUUUGUACGGUUAGACAGGAGCUAAAAAUGCUACAGCCACGCGAAAGCAACAGCAAAUCGGAUCGUCGUUUAAAAAAUGACGGCGCACUUUAUUUCAGUAAUGGAAUGAUAUACUUCAGCUUUUUCAAUAAAAACAUGAGCUUAGCUCUGUUAAUUACCCUCAUAUUAACUGUAUUCCCUAUUAAAGCUUCCCAGACAAUCGAUCAGCCUAAUCUAGUGAGUCCAACACCAACUUUAGCAGCGAUCCCCGCUGAUGAUAUAACUACUGUACUCUUGGUAAAUAAUGAAUCAGGACAUGUCGGCGAUAGUCAUGGGCGGUUUUUGACGGUACGCCCAGAAAUAGGUGUUUUGACUUCAACUGCUAGGACAUUUAUUCAGGACGGAAUAACUACCGAAUUUGCUACUAAGAUUGUGGGAACUACUUUAAAUAAUGGUCGCCUUUACGCACAAUAUUUGCGAAAAAGUUCCAGAAUUCUCUAUAAAAACGAACAUUUGGCACCGUCGGUGGUUACUAGUUGGGUAGGUGAAGAAGAUUCUCAGCAAACACCUCUAUAUUUACAAAGCCAUAAUGAUCUUUUUAACUCGGAUGACACUGACUGGCAGGAUAUCGAUGACAGCCUUGGUGUUCAUCGGGGAGAGUUUGUGGGUAACACCGAUUUUGUAAGCUAUCAAAGCACAAUUCUUAAAGACUUAAGAGAUCCUGCUUAUAAGGAUGAUAGACCUCUCAUAUCUCUAGAAACACAAUCUAGCACCAAAAAUAUAUUAAAAUAUGAAUCGGAAACAAAAGACGAAAUCAAUCAAAUGUUUAAUGAGAGCGUGUCAUCAAUAGAAAAUUUAGAAACAUUCACUGUUAAAAGCAAUAUUGGUUCUGCGUUCAGUCAACCUUCAAGCGACCUAUAUUCUCCCAGGGAAGAAAGAAAACAUGGACGGCUGAUUCAACCACGUGCUGAAAAACACAUCGAAUCCCAAGAGCAUCGAACUGCCCACCAACAAGCAUUAGCUACUGUAACUUAUUACGGAUUUGCAGAGUUUACAACAAUUGUGGGUGAUAGUGUCAUUGUUUUUUCGCCCAGUACUACACAAAGCAGCCUGCAUUUAGGACACGUUACGUCGAUAAAAGGCAGUCCCACUUUACAACCCGAAUCAAUUCAUGACCUAAUCUAUCAAAAUGUGGAAAAUUCACAGAGUACUUUGUCAACAAUUAAAAAAACUGAAAAAGUCGAGGUCUUUGGCACAAUUUUAAGUCUUGGGUUAGAUAUUAGUGAUAGUGUGAAUGAUAAAGAGAGUAAUUUCAAUAACCUAUUAAAUUCAAAUUCAAUCAUUUCGUCAAACACAAGAUUUAGCAAUUUAUUAUCAGUUGAGGUUGAUGCAAGUACAGUUUCCCCUCAGGAAGCCGUUUUAUUGAUUUCUACUAGAGUUGAGAACACUAAAUCAACGUCUAGUGAUACUAAUGAUGGUUUGGAAUUACUAACGAAUCAAAUUGAACCAAGUAUUCGAAAGCAGGAAGGGGCAACAACUAUAUUUAUUGAUGAUGACCCUUUCACUAGUUUCGUUGAGCUUAAGGAACCAACAAGCUCUAAAUUCAAUUCGGCUGACCCAGAGAAACCUUUUCAAAAUAUUGAAAUAUCUAAAAGUGAUGAUAAAGAUUUAGUUUUGACAUACCAAACUAAUGAGAAUGCCAUUAACAACAAGAACGACAGUUCGGGUAGUAAGUCAGUCAUUGAAACAAGCAAUACUAUUGACAAUAGUUUCAAUGAAUUAUGCAAUCAUACAACGUCACAAGUUUUUCUUACUCAGAUGCCUAAGUCACUUGAAAAAAAAAAAGAGGAUGGAGUUGUUGAUGAGGUCAAUUUACUUCUCGCUUAUGAUAUUGUAGAAACUACUAAAUACUAUUGCAUACAAGCUUCACAGUCGGAACAAAAACCAGAAUUAAAUAGCGUUAUUGCGUCCCACGAGACUGUAACAGAGGCACAAGAAGCAUUAAUGCCGACUGAGUUCAUAGAUGAUGUUGAAGAAACUACAACUCGAGACUCAGAGGACUAUGAUGUGACGACAGAAAAUGAAUUUGAUAGCGAAGAUGAUGACUACGAUAGUGUUACUAAUGACCUUGACUUAAUAUAUAAAACUCUCUAUACAACUUAUACAUAUUUGACAACUUUCUUUGAAGGCUCUCGCACUACCAUAUCUAGCCAUACUGAGAUUUUAACAAAUAUCAUCUCCUCAACAAUUGGGGCUGGUGCUGAACUACAAUUGAACACCUUGAUUAAUUUUGAAGAGAACAAGAAUAUUGAAAGUACAAUUCGAGUAGGUGACAAUAAAUCUAUAGCUUUAGUAUCUAAGUAUACUAUACCGGUUGAGAUUGUUAGUCUAUUGACUCAGGAAAAUAAAAUUAAUGAUGAUGAAAAUAAAAGCAUUACUGCUAAACAGAUAACCACUACUUAUACCGACGACUUCAAAUAUAGUAAAACUUUAUACACCACAUAUACAUAUUAUACAUCGAUUUUUACUAAUAACGAAACUGAAGUACAAUCACGCACUGAGGUAGUCACAAAUUAUGUGACUGACAAGAUGCCGAGCUCCCAAAUUAAUACAUCAAUUGAAAGUGAUUCCCAAUCCAUUAACCAGCAUUUUUCAGCAUCAGAGUUUCUCUUAGCAGAGCACGAAACCGAAAGGGAGGAACAUAAUUUUGAAAAAGAAGUAAAUUCAAGCAGAUUAAGUAAUGCUAAUCCAGAAAUUUUUAUUACGAAAAAUUCUUUUGAAGACCAAGUGAGUUCGGAAAGUAACACGGAGGAGAUUAUACCAUCAGCAACGUUUCUUCUCCAAACAAGUUUUACAACAUUUACCUUUUAUACAACAAUGUAUGUAGGCGAUGACACAAAUAUUAUCAGUCGUCUUGAGACAGUAACCAACGUAGCUACUGAAACUUUACAACCUACAAAAAUAGUAAAUUUAGAGGAGUCUUCAUUGCCUAUUACUUAUUUUACAACGUUUACUUAUUGGACUAAGCUAGCUAAAGAUGGCGAGAUAACGACACUAAGCAGAGAAGAAACGUUAUCCAAUGUGAUUCAACCCACAAACGUGACUUUAAUAACUGUUGAUGAUUUAUCAAGGACAAAAGAUACAAAUUUAAUGCAGUCGAUUCCGAGUGACAUCCAAACGCAGAACCAAUCGAAAUCCGAAAGCGGUAUAGAAUUAAUUUCCACUGUGACUGAUCCCAGCUUUCGUUCUGACAUAACCACAUAUUUCACAACAUAUACCUAUUACACAACUUCAUACAAUGUCAAUAUGACAAUUAUCGAUUCGCGUUUCGAAACUCUAACUAAUGUAGUGACAUCCGGAGAAGUCUCACUUUCUACUGCGGUCACUUCGGCAGUCGAUCUGAUGAUUAAACCUAGUCAACCUCUUACUGGAAUCGAAUACAAAAGUAUACCUAGUACACCAAAUGUUGUUUUGUACGAUUAUAAACAAAUAAUUGAUGCGGAAGAAGUAAGCACUUUGUAUUUUACGACAGAAAUUGUAUCUUCACUAAAUAGUGAUGGACAUGAUGUUGAAAUAACAAGUAGCACCUCGAGGUUGCACAUUGACGAAUCUAAAAAGUCUGUAUUAGCCACCGUCUUAGAUAAUAUUUCGGACGCUAGCUUAUCCAGCCUGAAAUUGUAUAGGACGGGCUUAGUAAGACUUAUUGAAGGUAAACGAAUUCAAAAUAGUACAACUACCUUAUACCAAUCAAAAGUUAUCGGAACAGUCAUAGAUAAUCGAUAUGCGCAGAUAAUUGAAAGUACAUCAAGUUUUUUCUUUGAAAAGUCGAAGUCUGAAGAUAUCUUGCUUCCGACAACCGUUAAAAUCAAUAAUAUAGCAACCGAAAACCUACAUUCCACUGAGAUAUCAACGUCUUUAAAAAAUAAAAAUGACGAUGAAUCAAUAUCUUCAAAAGACCAAACAAACUCAAAUGAAGAUUUAGAUGUUAACAUUGACGAGUUGACGACGCCACAUAAUACGAAGCGGCCAUUCGCUCCUGUAAUAAGGCCUUUUGCCUCACGAAACCGGCCCACAUUCGCACCAAAACCAAAAACAGUUGUCCCAAGCAGUGCGACAAUUAUAACGAGAUCGGACAUCACACCCACUAUUACAGCAACACCUGCUUUAAAAUCAGCUGGUAGAUACACUUCUUCGCGAAGGGGUGUUAUAUCCAAUGUACCAAUUAAUCCGAACGAGUCAAGUUUAUCCUAUGGUCAGUCAUCAAGGCGCCUGUUUGGGCGGCCAACUAAGUCUUUGACUAGUUCAAUAGAUUCGAAUGCGACUCAGAAAAACCGUUUUGCGUCAUCAUCACGGGCAGUUGUGGCUUCCAGACGACCCAACAUAAAUGUUUCUUAUCGUUCAUCCAGUGUUCCAGGUUUUCGUGCGUCUGGAAUACAACCCAUCUCGAGGCUACGCAUAAAGCCAACCAACUCAGGGUUGGUACCAAGCGAUAGGUUGGCACAGUCUACAAGUUUAGCCAAAGAGCUAAGUUCAGAAAGUAGUGGCGAAGAGGAGAAUUCAACAGAUGAAGUAAACGAAGAGGAUGAAAAUACCAGACGAACUAACAAUCCACUACUGAGGUUUCGGCGGCCUAUAAAUGGGCCCAUCGGAUUUACUACGGGAAUACGUCAGAGUACUGGCAGCUCUUCAGCAGUUUCUCUCAGACGAAACCCAUUAUCACCCCGAUCAAAAAUUUCGACUACAACAAGCAGCACAACAACAACGACGGCCAAGCCCCGUCCUCGAAGCUUUCAGAGACCUGUUGGUCUUCAGCCAAGAUCGAGACCUCAAAACGCCCUUUUUCCACCACGAGGACUUUUCCAAAACGUGCAGAAGGAAGAAAGUCUUAAGGAAGUAAAGUCAAACGAUAGUGAAAAUGAUUCUGAACAUGAAGACGAUGAUGCCAAUAACGCCGAAGAUGAUGACUUGCAGGAAAAUUUUUUCCGUAGCAAGCGGUCUAUCCACUCUUUAGCCCGCCCUAAAAUUGGAAUGAGAGUACGUCGGCAAGCCGAUACAGUUAGUAGAAAUAGAUUCAGAUUUCGUCGACAAAAUCAAACAGCGCCGCUUACAAAACAAGAAUCAAACCUCCCGGGCUCUGACGAUCGUACUGAAACCACAUCGAUUCCCCGUGAUAAAUCAAGUUCCAGAUUCGGAUCAAGAUUUCAUUCUCCACAGGGACAGCAAUUAUACACACAGACAACUCUAACAGACUCAACGACAGCGACCAACCAUAGAUCGAUUCGUCCCACUAGACCAACAGCGAAACGUUCGCAAUUUACGCUGAGAGAAAAAGACGCCACUUUAAAAAGCUCUUCACGUUCAAGUUCAACUAACAACUUCCGACGUCAACCGACAUCUGGAAACGCUUCAAUUAGACGUCCUGUUGCUCCAAAUGCAGGGAAUUUAAGCAGCCGUCGGUUAAAGAGCUAUGUUGGCUAUAACAACCAAAACAAUGGAGACCAUGGGCGACUCCCAAGUACGCCGCGUUCCAGAAGUUCGAACUCUAAUGCAUUGAAUAGGGGAAGAGGUCGUGGCCGAAGUCGAAACGAAUACUCCUCUGACUUGCAAUCCAUUGAACAUGAAGUUCAAACUAUUACAGUUACACAUUUUAUACCAUCUGAGGUCACGGUACCUGUAGUCAGCGGCCACGUAACUGAGUACAAAAAUAUUGUCACUGCUAAAACCAGCACCGAGCUUGUGGGACCAAAGGAAUAUAUGCAAGUGUUAGGGACAAACGGAUUGAGUUCUACUUACUUAAAUCGAGAAGUAUCGAGCAUAAAUAUUGCUGGUGCCACAGAGCACACAAAAUAUUUGCUGCAUGAAUCCAUCACUAGCUCGGUAAUUUUUACACCCACCACAAUCCGCGGGAGAAAGACAUCUUUCUCCCAUAUUAUUCCAUCUACAGCAUAUUCUGUAGAGUAUCUAGUAACUACAAUACACCCUCAAAUUUCUGACAAUGCACCCCUUGCUAACAUAUUGCUUUCCCAGCUACUUUUGGGAAAUUUAAAUUUACCCGCCCAGCCAAUAAUAGGUGCUGUCGGGCAGCAGCCAAAUGCCGCAUCGGCCCUAAUACCCACGUCUGUUGAGCCUGUCACUGAAUAUCGCACUCACACCUCCACUUAUGUAACUACAAUUUUUGAUGGGAAAUCAACCAUUCUUCCGGUGACAUUUCAAGGAAAAAAAAUUCUAACUACUGUCUAUGACACAACUGCACAAACAAUUACAGCUACAGAAUAUAGUGUGGAUACCAUAGUGAAUACCGUCCCCUUUGCUCAGAACAUACAGUCUGUUGCACCGGCUGCACAGGUAAAUAAUUUAUUGUUGCAACAGUUACUACAGCAACAACAGGAGUCUUUGUCAUUGGUUCAAGCGAUAUCGAACACUCUACCACCACAAAUAUUUUUAAGUGAAAACCUGCAAGACUUGGACGAUGUUCCACGAUCGUCCAUAAAACCUGAUGGCAUCGAUUCAGAUUUUGCCCCAAUAAACAAUGAGUCUCAGCUUACAAAAAGCCAACGAAAGAAAUCCCGAAAGGCAGGCAGUGGGCACAAGCGCAGUAAGCAGAGUCAUACAGUUGCGGAAAAACCAGACCCAAAUGUAGUAACACUUUAUGUUUCGGGCCGUAGACCAGGCGAAUUUAGUACUGUUCUGUCAACUGUAGGAAGCGAGUAUGAUCACUCAGUAUCUUUGCAAAAGAGGCAAGUAUUUUUAAAAAUUCAGCCUACCGUUGCUUCUAUAGGUAACAAGGAAUAUUUUUAUUACACCGAAGAGAGUGAAAAUUUAGGAAAAGAAGAAGCUCAUCUAUCAAAAGAUCAAAUUGCCUUUUCGACUGUUGAAGUUGGAUUUAACGAACUGAGCGAUCGAACUGCAUCUUUAGAAAGCAUUGUAGGGGAUGUGCAUCUUUGGUAUGCAAACUCGAGCAGGCAAUCCGAACUGUUGUCGACAACAAUCAAUUCAAUAGUGGUUUGAUUUCCUCAAUUUAUUUCAAUUUUAUGAAUUUUUGCCGUUUACAAAAUUCGCUAGCCCAGCGUUAAUUAUUCAUUAAAUUUGAUAAAAGCGAAAAAAGACCCUCGCCUUUGGAAGACAGCCGAAUACUAGUCAACGAUUAAAAAAUUAUCAACAGGAGUCUUCUUCAAUGCCCAACUAUGCCUGAUUUUAAACAAUACUAACAUUAUCUUUGCCUAUUUUAAUUCAUUAUGUUUACAUGUCUUUACACCUUUAAAUGAAAUUAAUUAAAUCUAAACAUUAAACUACAUUAAAAUAAACAUUUUUGUUAGAGUUAAGCUUAUAGCCCGGAAGCUUGCAUUUAAUAGCGUCAUUAUUCCCAUUAUUUUGACUGUCACCUUAAAGUUUACAGUUAAAUCCACUCAAAUUUGCAACCUCUUUAUAUUUUAUAAUAAAAAGUUAAGAUUAAAAUACAACAAAUGUUAGCAUUUUAAACAUUUUUGAAGUGCAUAUUACAAGCAUGUUACCGAUCCGAGAAACAUUGUAUCUAUAAAUAUACUAAACAUAUAUUUAAAAUAACGAAUUAGGUACAAAUAAAGUUAUAAAAAGCCAAUGAGUUUGUAAAUCAACAACUACUUUCACCUUCCGCAUUCUUGGGACCUUUUGGAAUUUAAAUUACUCGAUUUUCUGAGCAUCGUAAAAAUAGUUCUUUGAGAAUCUACAAAUAUAGUCUUACGAAGAAGACCAUAUGGCGGAUAACGUAAUUUAAUUUAUGUAGUAUUACGUUCUGAUUUAUUUUUAGGCAACUGGUUUGCUAGUUUAUAUAUGUAAGUGUUAAUUUUUUUUGGUAAUAAAUAUAUAGUGGCCUAGUUUCGCAAUAUCAAUAUCGAAAGCUGAAUUAUAUGUACAUAUGUAAAAAUGAAAAUUUAUUCAAUGUGUUCUACUAACUUCAUAAAAAUGUACAUACAUAUGAACAAUAAAAAGUAAUUUACUAUGUUUUUUAA